AUGGGGAGGAAGAAGAUCCAGAUCCAGCGGAUCACGGACGAGCGCAAUCGGCAGGUGACCUUCACCAAGCGCAAGUUCGGCUUGAUGAAGAAAGCCUACGAGCUGAGUGUCCUGUGUGACUGUGAGAUCGCCCUCAUCAUCUUCAACCACUCCAACAAGCUGUUCCAAUAUGCCAGCACUGACAUGGACAAGGUGCUCCUCAAGUACACCGAGUACAACGAGCCCCACGAGAGCCGGACCAACGCGGACAUCAUCGAGACGUUAAGAAAGAAAGGUUUUAAUGGCUGUGACAGCCCAGAACCCGACGGAGAUGAUUCCAUAGACCAGAGUCCCUUGAUGGAGGAUAAAUACCGGAAAGGCAGCGAGGACCUGGACAUCCUGUUCAAGCGCUACGGUUCUGCAGUGCCCGCUCCCAACUUCGCCAUGCCCGUCACGGUGCCCGUGACCAACCAGAACACGCUGCAGUUCAGCAACCCUGGCAGUUCCCUGGUGACCCAGUCCCUGGUCACCUCCUCGCUGACCGACCCGCGGCUCCUGUCGCCGCAGCAGCCGGCGCUGCAGAGGAACACGGUGUCCCCAGGGCUGCCCCAGCGACCAGCCAGUGCAGGGGCGAUGCUGGGGGGAGACCUGAACAACACCAAUGGAGCCUGCCCGAGCCCUGUGGUUGUUUCUGUGGCGACUCCCAGUUUGCUGACCCAGGGGUUGCCCUUCUCUGCCAUGCCCACCGCCUACAACACGGCCUCCCUGGAACUUGCUGCUGCAGGACGUGGUCUUGUCCAGGGGUUUUGCAGGGUUCAGGUCAAGGGGAAGCUCAUAGAGAUACAGAACACACAACGGUUGGGUGUCUCCCAAGCAACUCACUCUUUAACCACACCAGUUGUUUCUGUGGCGACUCCCAGUUUGCUGACCCAGGGGUUGCCCUUCUCUGCCAUGCCCACCGCCUACAACACGGAUUAUCCACUGACCAGCGCUGAGUUGUCUUCUCUGCCAGCGUUCAGCUCACCUGGGGGUUUGUCCCUUGGCAACAUCUCUGCCUGGCAGCAGCAGCAGCAGCAGCAACAGCAGCAGCAGCAGCCACAGCAGCAGCAGCAGCACCUGGUUCCUGUAUCAUUAGGGAAUUUGAUCCUGAGCAGCAACACCAGCUCCUACGAGGGCAACGCCGAGCGGGACGAGCCCGCCCGCCCGGAUUUCAGCUCCUCCCUGGGCCUCCUCAGACCCACCAGCGAGCCCGAGGGGGACACCCCCUCCGUCAAGCGCAUGCGCUUGGAUACCUGGGUGACAUAA